AUGGUGCAAUAUAACUUCAAGAAGAUGACUGUUGUACCAAAUGGGAAGGACUUCAUUGACAUAAUCCUAUCUCGCACCCAGAGGCAGACCCCAACUGUAGUCCACAAGGGUUGUGCCAUUUCCUCCCUCCGCGGGUUCUAUAUGCGCAAAGUGAAAUUUACCGAAGAUAGUUUUCAAAAGAAGCUCUCCACAAUUAUUGAUGAGUUUCCUAGGCUGGAUGACUUCCACCCUUUCUAUGGCGACCUUCUUCAUGUUCUCUACAACAAAGACCAUUACAAGCUUGCACUUGGCCAGAUCAACACUGCAAGGAACCUUAUUGGAAAGAUUUGUAAAGAUUAUGUGAAAAACAAAUUAGGCAACACAUGGCAAGGCUACCUUCGAUUGACCAAGACACUAUUGAUUUGUGGCUAUCCGAAUGUUGGAAAGAGCUCAUUCAUUAACAAGAUCACUAGGGCUGAUGUGGAUGUCCAGCCAUAUGCUUUUACCACUAAGUCACUCUUUGUGGGACAUACAGAUUAUAAAUACUUGAGGUACCAGGUAAUUGAUACACCAGGAAUUUUGGACCGCCCAUUUGAAGACCGUAACAUUAUUGAGAUGUGCAGCAUCACAGCUUUGGCCCACUUGGGAGCUGCGGUGCUGUUUUUCUUAGACAUCUCGGGGUCUUGUGGGUACAGCAUUGCCCAACAGGCAGCUCUUUUUCACACCAUUGGAGGGUAUAUCCGAAAAAGACAAGAAGUUGGCAUGGAGAUGAAAGCUGAUGCUAUGAAGACAACGAUUGGUCUAGGAGGUGAGGCUACGAAUGAUGAGGGGGUACUCUUGACCAUGAGCACUCUGACCGAAGAGGGGGUGAUUGCUGUAAAGAAUGCAGCUUGUGAGAGGUUGUUGAAUCAGAGAGUGGAAUCGAAGAUGAAAUCCAAAAAGAUAAAUGACAGGUUAAAUCGUUUUCAUGUUGCAAUGCCAAAGCCACGUGACAAUAAGGAAAGGUCCCCAUGUAUACCUCUGGCAGAUUUAGAAGCUAAGGCUAAGCAAGCAGCGGGGAAGGAAAAGAGAAAUACAGAAAAGGAUUUGGAGAAUGAGAACGGUGGUGCAGGUGUAUACUCUGCCAGUUUGAAGAAGAAUUAUAUCUUAGCUAAUGAUGAAUGGAAAGAGGAUGCCAUGCCAGAAAUUCUUGAUGGGCACAAUGUAUACGACUUUGUCGUUCCUGAUAUUUUGCUUAGGCUUGAGGAGUUGGAACAAGAAGAAAGACGCCGGCAGGCAGAGGGUGAUAAUGAUUUUGAGAUGAAUGGAUUGGAAUUGACUACAGAAGUGCAAAAGACACUGGCUGAGAUAAGGAAAAAGAAGAGCUUGCUUAUUCAACAACAUAGAAUCAAGAAAAGUACAGCAGAGAGUCGACCAACUGUACCAAGGAAAUCUGACAAGGACAGGGAGUUCACAACAAAGAGAAUGGGGAGGCAGCUAUCAAAGUUGGGGCUUGAUCCUACUAUGGCUAUUAACCGAGUUCGAAGCAGAUCUGUCUCUACUAGGGGCCGGAGGAGGAAGAGAUCACUUGACAUGGAUGAUACUGAUGGUGGUGAUGCUGUGGAUAUGGAUACACCCAACAAGAAGCAAUGCAUGUUAUCUAGAUCCUGUUCGAGGUCAAGAUCUUGGCCUCAAACUGAAGUUGUCCCUGGAGAGGGGUUCAAGGACUCUGCUCAAAAGGCUAGGGCACUACAAAGGGCCAAUAAAUCUAAUAAGAUGAGAAACAGGAAUGCUCGUCGUGGAGAGGCAGAUAGGGUCAUUCCCACUUUAAAACCAAAGCACUUGUUCUCUGGAAAACGCUCAAUUGGAAAAAUCCAAAGGCGUUAA